AUCAAUUAGAAAAUGACUUAUAUAUUCUUAAAACUAAACUGGAAUUACAUCCGCAAUAACAUACAAAGUGUGGCAUUUUUAUUGACCCUGCUAUUAAUAAAUCUGAUUUUAUUCAUCAGCCGGUCCAUAGAGUACCGGGCGUUUGGUUGGCUGGUGAUGUUGGCCCGGGCUAACGGCCAGUGCCUAAACUUCAUGUGCGCUUUCAUCAUAGCCUGUGUGUGCCGGAAGUCCAUCACAAAGUUGCGGUCCCACGGGUUCAGCGAGUAUUUGCCGCUCGACCACUACGUCUACUUCCAUAAGCUUACGGGUUGGGCAGUCGUCUUCUACAGUCUCUUCCACACGGCUAUGCAUGUCGUCAACUUCAGAGCCCUGUCCAAGAUUACCACCAUCUCAUGGGCGGACUUCCUAUUCUCCACACACCUGGGCAUCGGUUGGAUCGGUGGCGCCGCGUGUCUUACGGGUUGGAUCCUAUUGGCGCUGUUGGUGGCGAUGAUGAUCCCCGCCCAGCCCUUCAUGAGGAGGUCCGGAAAAUUUGAAGUCUUCUAUUACUCGCACCUACUAUACGUGCCUUUCUAUGUCUGUCUGUUCAUACAUGCGCCCAGUUUUUGGAUGUGGUUCUUGUGUCCACUUUUUGUCUUCUGCAUUGAAUGGGUACUGAGAGUCUCGAAGUCAUUUGUGGGCGACUGGGGGCUCACAUACAUAGAGCAGGGGGUGAUUCUACCCUCUCGUGUCAUACAGUUGAUAGUGAAACGUCCGCUUAAUUUUGACUUUCAUCCGGGAGACUAUGUCUACGUCCAGAUCCCCAACAUUACUAAUUACGAGUGGCAUCCCCUCACCAUCAGUAGUGCACCCGAACAGUCGGACAUCAUUUGGCUGCACAUCCGAGCGGUGGGCGAAUGGACUAAUCGGUUGUAUAACUACUUCAAUAUGGAGGCGACAGUGAAGGCCAGCCUCACUAUCGACAGACAUAUGUCUCAAAUCAAUUACAGAGAGUUUAUGAAAGAAAACGCUGAAAAUGAUGGUCAAAACGGGUCUCCCAUGAGAAGAACAAAGAGCUCAUCCGCUUUCAAUGCAACUUCAAAGCACUUGCUUAGGGGCGCAACGGUGAUGGUCCUCCCGGUGCCGGUCGACUGCAAUGAGUACGGGUGCGGCAGACAGGCCCUGAACGAGAAGAAGAGGAAUGACGUGGAAAUGGCGGCCUCUCCUGUCAGCAAAUCGUCGUUCACAUCAUUGACUCAAUUGAAGUCAGCGAUGAGAUCAAUGAGUGAACCAAACAUCUUGAAGAACGCCAUCAUUCUGGACAGACCUCUGAAAGUGCGUUUGGAUGGUCCCUAUGGGUCGCCCUCUUCUCACAUAUUCCGUACACAACACGCGAUAUUAAUCGCCACCGGAAUCGGUGUCACACCGUUUGCAAGCAUUUUGCAGUCAAUUAUGUUGAAGUAUAUUGAGGCCAAACGCAGCUGUCCCUCCUGUGCCCACUCGUGGUCUGAUCCCAUUCCCCCCAAUGUUAUGAAGUUGAGGAAAGUGGACUUCAUGUGGAUUAAUAGGGAUCACAACAGCUUUGAAUGGUUUGUCAGCUUAUUGUCUGAGUUGGAGAAACAACAGGAGGAAUGGCACGAAACCGAGCGAUUCCUCGACAUUCAUAUGCAUAUCACUCAGGGAAGUGUCCGCCAGAGAAAGACUAGCAUUCCGUUGGAGAUGAGGGACAGGAGUGAGUCGAGCACUGGUCUCACGUGGCAUAAGGGAAGGCCUGAUUGGAACAAAUUCUUCAAGACUAUGGACAACAAGAAAAGGGGAAGAAUUACUGUCUUCUUCUGCGGCCGACCAGAUCUGGCCCGCAGUUUGCGACUCAUUUGCAGUCGAUUUGGCUUUCAGUUCAGAAAAGAGAUAUUUUAG